AUGUCUGAAGUUUUAUCGAAGCUUCUUCAUAUUACGAAGAGUUUUGCCUGUAAAAUUGGUCCAUUUGACCAGCAGAUUAGUGAUCAACUGUGUAUCAAGCAAUCUUCGGGAGUUCGAGUAAUAGGUAGUUCGCAUAGUUGGACUAGGUUAACAGAUAUGGGCAGAGCAAUACUUUUAUUUGACGUCGAUGGCACGCUGACUCCUGCUCGACAGAAAAUACACAACGAUAUUCGGGAAUUCCUGUCAAAGGCCCGUGCACGAGUACCUCUGGCUGUGGUGGGCGGUUCGGAUCUCGCAAAAAUUAUUGAGCAGCUAGCCGAUAAUAAAGAUGACUUGCUAUCUCAGUUUGAUUACGUAUUCUCGGAAAAUGGACUCGUGGGGUUCAAGGGCAGUGAACAAUUCCCUUCCAAGACAAUCCAGGACCACAUCGGCGAAGAAAAAUUGCAGGAACUAAUCAAUUUUACAUUGAAAUAUUUUUCUGAAAUCAAACUUCCUGUAAAGCGAGGAAAUUUCAUUGAAUUCAGAAAGGGUAUGCUCAAUCUGUCUCCAAUCGGUCGCAGUUGUUCGCAGUCCGAACGUGAUCAGUUUGUUUUGUACGACAAAGAGCACCAAAUACGUGAAAAAUUUGUCAGAGCUCUACAAGAGAAUUUUUCGCGUUACGGACUAUGCUUUGUUAUAGGUGGUCAAAUUAGUGUGGAUGCAUAUCCUGUCGGUUGGGAUAAGACAUACUGUCUGCAGUAUAUCGAGAAGGACUACGAUAAGAUUUACUUCUUUGGUGACAAGACGAUGCCGGGAGGUAAUGACCAUGCAAUAUUCGAGGAUCCACGAACAAUCGGACACACUGUAGUUGACCCAGCUGACAUGAAGAAACAAGUCGAACAACUUCUCAAAGAGCUAUAA